AUGAUCCAUUGUGGAAGUCGGGGGCUGGGCCACCAGGUAGAAACAGAUGAUCUGGUUGCCAUGGAGAAGGCAUGGAAGCGUGACAGCAUAAACAUCAACGGCAAACAAAUGGCCUGUGCCAAGAUUUACUCUCCAGAGGGUCAGUACUACCUCAAAGGAAUGGCUGCUGCUGCUACAACUAUUACCCCAGACGACCUUGACAUGUUUAUGAUUGAUGACGUGUCACACAACAUUGCCAAAGUGGAGGAGCAUUUUGUGGACGGGAAACAGAAGACUUUACUGGUUCACAGAAAGGGCUCCACCCGGGCCUUCCCUCCCCAUCACCCCCUUAUUCCUGUAGAUUAUCAGCUGACUGGACAGUCUGUUUUGAUUGGAGGAACCAUGAGAACGUGUAGCUACGUGCUGACUGGUACACAGCAGGGAAUUGAUGAGACGUACGGAACCACGUGCCACGGAGCUGUUAUUGAACAGCUCCAUUCUUGUUAUGGUCGAGCUUUAUCUCGAGCCAAGUCUCGGCGUAAUCUGGACUACACAGAGGUCCUGUCAGCUUUGGAGGAGAAAGGAAUCAGUAUCAGAGUGGCUUCACCCAAGCUGGUCAUGGAGGAGGCACCUGAAUCUUACAAAAAUGUUACAGAUGUUGUAGAUACUUGUCACAUGGCAGGCAUAAGCAAAAAGGCCAUAAAGCUACGUCCCAUUGCGGCAAUCAAAGGCUAA